GAAUGCUUACAUUCCUUAUUAUAGCCGAUCCCCUGUCUAAGAAAGCAGCAAUACACUAUGAAUGGGCCAUCGUACUAUGAAUUUUACAGAAGAAGCACAGUAGGUGCAACACUAGCAGAUGCAUUGGAUACAUUGAUUGUAGACCAACGUAUUCAACCCCAGUUGGCAAUGAAGGUACUUGCAAAUUUUGAUAGAGUCACAUCGGAUCACCUCCGCAGCGAUGUACGGGCUAAAAUGACUUUCAAAGGCCACCUAAGUACCUACAGGUUCUGUGACGAUGUUUGGACAUUUGUUAUAAAAGAUGUUAACAUGAAGCUUGAUGACGGCCAAAUGCUGGAUGUGGGAAAGUUUAAGAUUGUUGCUUGUAAUAGUAAGAAGUCCGGUGAAUAAUCAAACACUUUAAAACAUGCCGUGAAGGUUGGUUCGGCUUUUGUAUUUUUACAGUUUCCAUUUCUCGUAUAUCAUUUUUUCUAUCUUCCAUCUUCUUUCUUUUUCGUAAUUAUGAUAGCUAUUUAUAAUUGGAAUCCCUCAUAUUUGGUUCAAAUUAAGUUCACAAAUAUUUUACUGCCGA